AAUUCCUCCGAAGCUUAUAAAACCCCUGCUGUUCGAUGAGUUUAAUUAUAUGAUAAUAAACCCUAAGUUUUUCGAACUUCUCAUACGAAUAAGCUCCAUCUCGCUCCAAUCUUACAAGCAUGGGCAAGUCUAGUGCGAGAGACGAAUCUAGUAAAGCUGACCGUAAAUUCGAGAAGAAACUAGAAUUUUAUGCCAAGGUUAGAGACACCGUUACUUCCUUGACUGCCAAAAAGGCUAUCAGUAAGAAGAAGAAACACAGAAGCCGACAGAAGAAAUUGAAACCUUUUGACCUCUCCUCUCUUGCAGAGUUCCUUCCUGAACUAAAAUCUUCUCAGAAACCAACUGCAGCAGCUGAUUUCAAGCUGAAUUGGAAGUCUAGGCAAAAACUAAUAUUGAAGGAAGGGAAACAGUUGAGUACAGUUCUCAGCCAUCCUGCUUUCCAGGUGGAUCCACUAGCUGCCAUUCAUCACCACUUGCAGAGCACACAACCUGUUUCAGAUGAGAAGCCGAAGAAAAAGUCAAGUAAAGCUGAAAGGAAGAAGAAAAAGAAAGACAAGUUGAAAACUUCAUCUGGACCUCAAUCUAUGGAUUUCUGACUUGAUGCCAGGACUUUCAUUCUUUCAUCUUUCAUGAGCCAAGCCUAUUCAUAUUUUGGUUGUCAAAAGAUUAUACCGAUCAAAUUUUGUAUAUGAUUGACCUUCUAUGUCGACUUAUCAAACAUGGUCCAUUAUAGAGAAACUUUCUUUUAUUAUCCCCCUUGGCUAGAAAUAAAAGAUGCAAAUUUUCCACACAGAAA